GCCUAGGCGCAAGUUCAAGCUGGAAGACUUCCGCUCCACCCAUUCCAUCUAAUUACUGCGUCAUCUUCAUCACUGGACCUCGACCCGCCUUCUCCAAUCUUCAAUCAAGCUCUGUUAAAAGGCUCCACACCCACGCUGCCAGUUGCUUUCCAGCUUUGCUCAACCCACCUCCUCCCCUUUGCUCAAGUUGGUACGCGUUCGUCAUGUCUGACUUCGAGUCCGAUAUCCCUCCUGGUUCUCCGGUCGCCUCUCGUGAGGAUCCAGCUCCCCCCUCCUCCUCUCCCGUCCGCCGCAGCUCUCGUUUGGCCAUGCGCCCGGACCACCUCUCCCCAGCUUCUUUCCUUAAAUCCAAAGGCGUCUCCCUCGCCGCUGGCCUUCAAUCUCCGCAGGUUGCCUCUCUCGCUGCCCUCAUGCCGUUCAUCGACACCUCUCCGCCCUAUAUUCCUCCGUCUCCCCCUGCUCCCCCUUCAUCGGUCAGCGGGAAAAGAUCCUGCAAGUCCGUCGCUCCUCCAGCCAAGCGACGCAAGGGCCGCCCCCCCUCCUCUCAGUUGUCCUCUUGUUUACCUGGGCCUCCUUCAGCUCCACCGCCAAAUCCUAAUCCUCCUCCUAACGCUCCCGUCGUACCUCCAGAAGCCCCCGGUCCCUCCUCAGGUCCCCACUCUCUGCCUCCCCUCCCCCCCUCUUCUGACCAGGUCCUUGCGUCCUCUCUCGUCGCAUCCAUGGAUUCUCUUCAGCGUUCCUUAUCAGUGCUGUCCUACCAGCUUCAACACGGUGCUUCUAACAUUGCGGUGGCGUCCUCAAUCCCUUUCUCUGCCGCUCCAGUUGCCCCUCCUCCCUCUCUUCAGCCACCUCCAACGGUGUUCACCCUCGCUAACGCCCGGCCUGCGCCGCCUUCAGGUGCGGCUUAUACGCCUUUGCACGCCAACAUCUCUCCCAGACUGCGCUCAAAGAUACUGCAAGGACAGUACAUCAAUUUAGCUUCCAUUCUCCUUCCCUCUCCCGUAGUCGACCAAAGUAUUGCUUCAUCCGAUCAAUUUUCAGCCAUCAUUAAAUCUUCGGAUCCCCGCCUUGCGAAAGAUUUGUCUAUCGGGCAGUUCCUAGCCGCAUUCAGUGUCUUUAGGGAUGUCAUCUGUUCAGUUUACCCUGAGCGCAGAAUAGAUUUGGAUGCAUAUUUGGCAUUGAUCGCUGAUCUUCAUUUGCAAUAUGGUCGAUCUCUAUUUUAUCAAUAUCACAAAGCUUUCGCUACCAAAGCUGCCGCCGUCCUCUUCCGCUCUGGUCUGAAUCUCAACUGGUCUACUCUGGAUACGGAGAUUCUCAUCAUGCUUACCCAAGCUGUUUCAUGCCACCUGUGCGGCAUUUCGGGCCAUCUUAGCGCCUUCUGCCCAUCUCUCCCGUUUAAGCCAGGUCCUCCCGCCGCGGCUUCUCCGCCAUCUCUUCUCAAAAUCCCGUCGCAAGAUCGUCACGGCAGACAGGUGCAGGUUCAUAAUAACAUGCCUAUCUGCAAUAACUUUAAUGAAGGCGUCUGUUCAUUUCCCAAAUGUGCUUUCCUUCACAUCUGUAGUUUCUGCAGGGACGCUCAUCCCAAGUCCGUCUGCCCCCGCCGCACCUUUCCCAGCAGAAACCGUCGAGGUUUCAGGAAUUAGUUUUCCAAUUUCUUUCGACUCCCAUUCUAGUUCCCGAAUUGGCUUUUCUUUUACAGUAUCAUCCCGAUCAAUCAUUCGUUAAUUUCCUAAUCACUGGUCUCUCCCAGGGUUUUUUCAUAGGUAUACCUCAUCCCCCCGCUUCUUCUAUAGUCAUUCCAAAUCUCCAAUCAGCGCUGUUAGAUCCGAGCGCCGUCUCCCACUUAUUACAGAAAGAGGUGUCUAAAGGUUACGUCAUCGGCCCCUGCGUUUCCCCUCCCUUCUCCCUCUUUCGCGUCAAUCCCCUCGGAGUCGCAAUCCGCAAAUAUUCAGGGAAAAAACGUUUGAUUCUUGAUCUGUCUGCGCCUCAUUCUGGUUCCCACCCUAGCAUUAAUAGCCUUAUCCCGAAGCCACCCUUUUCACUCUUUUAUGCCACAGUAGAUCAUGCCAUAGCGUUAAUAAAGAAAGCCGGUCCAGGAGCGUGGCUGGCCAAAGCCGACAUUACUGACGCUUUUAAGAUCUUGCCCGUGCAUCCCUCUCAGUGGCACCUGCUGGGUGCUAAAUGGGACGAAAAGUUUUAUUUCUUUGUCCGUCUGACUUUUGGAUGCAGGAGCAGCCCCAGUCUCUUUAAUUCAUUUUCUGAAGCUCUCUGCUGGAUUUUGCUAAAUGUUGUCAAACUUCCCUCCGUGCUCCACCUCCUUGAUGACUUUCUGCUUAUAGAUCCGCCCCACCCUUUUCCCCAUUCGCUCAGCAAAUUGAAAGACCUUUUUCUCCGCGUCGGCGUUCCCCUCUCCGAGGAGAAAACUGUUGGUCCGCG